CAUCCCUGUGUCUCUUAUGUAAAGUACCAGCUGAUUUCUUCGCAUUUUAGCUUAUUUCAUUUUCACAACAAGUCAAAGAAACAAAAAAAACCCAAUAUUUAAAAACUAUGGCCUCAUCGAUUAUAUUAACCGGCUUGGGCUUGGCAGCUGUGGGAUUUGCUGGUAAGCAUGUUAUGCGUCGCAUGCCGGCAAUGACCACUAAAUUCAAUGAGGCAAUGAAGAAUUUGCCCAAAUUUGAUGCUGAAUCAUUAGCAAAUUCAAAAUAUUACAAAGGCGGCUUUGAACCUAAAAUGACUAAAAGGGAGGCAUCGUUAAUAUUGGGUGUUAGUCCGAGUGCAUCUAAAACGAAGGUAAAGGAUGCUCAUAAGAAAAUCAUGUUACUGAACCAUCCGGAUCGUGGUGGUUCGCCUUAUUUAGCCGCGAAAAUUAAUGAAGCCAAGGAUUUUAUGGACAACGCCAAGUAGAAUUGCUAAUGCAAUGACAUUUUAGUAACUAAAUUCAACAAUUAGUGUUAUAUAUUAAAUAAUAAUUUAUAAUAAAUGAAGUUUAUUAAUACCA